AUGGCAGCUCCUGAUCUAUCACAGGAAGCCAAGUUACCAGAAAACGACCAUGUUGCCACCAAAACCAGCCUACUAGACACUUCAGAUGCCUUGACCCCAGAUCCAGGCACCGAGGAUAUGUUCAGAACUGAGCAAAGCAAAUUUGCUUUCAGUCCAGGGCAGCUUUCGAAGUUGCUCAACCCCAAGAGUCUCAACGCCUUUUAUGCUCUUGGGGGAAUUGACGGUAUAGAGAAGGGACUGCAUACAAAUCGCAAUGCUGGCCUCAGUACCGACGAGUCCACAGUGGAUGGAGAGGUCGCAUUCCACGAAGUUGCGCCAAAAGGGACACCAAAACAUGGAACGGCCGGUGACGCAAUACCAGAGAGUAAUGCUGAAGCAGCAGUUCAUAUUCCUCCUCCUGAAAACCCCAAUCCUAGUGGGAUUUUCUGUGAUCGGAAAAAAAUCUUCAGAGACAAUCGCCUUCCCGAUAAGAAGACGAAAUCUCUUCUGGAGAUUGCUUGGACUACCUAUAACGAUAAAGUUCUCAUUCUCUUGACCAUUGCGGCGAUUAUAUCAUUAGCUCUAGGCCUUUACCAAACUUUUGGAGGUGAACAUAAAAAAGGGGAGCCGAAAGUUGAAUGGGUUGAAGGUGUCGCAAUCAUCGUUGCUAUCGUGGACAGUAUUGUUGUGCUUGUAGGUACAAUCAACGAUUGGCACAUGCAGCGACAGUUCACUCGACUCACCAAGAAAACCAAUGAUCGUAUGGUCAAUGUUGUUCGUUCGGGGAAGUCCCAAGAAAUAUCCAUCAACGACGUAAUGGUUGGGGAUGUCAUGCAUCUUGCUACGGGAGACAUCGUGCCAGUAGAUGGUAUCUUCAUUCAAGGCAGCGCCGUCAAGUGUGAUGAGUCCUCAGCUACCGGAGAGUCGGAUCUGCUCCGAAAGACACCAGCAGCAGAUGUUUUCGAUGCAAUCCAGAAACUCGACACCAAGGAGGCGGAGAAGCUCGAUCCUUUCAUCAUCUCGGGAAGCAAGGUCAAUGAGGGCAAUGGAACAUUCCUUGUGACUGCUGUGGGCGUCAAUUCCAGCUAUGGCCGAAUCUCAAUGGCCCUCCGCACCGAACAGGAAGACACGCCUCUGCAGAAGAAGCUUAAUAUCUUGGCAGAUUGGAUUGCCAAAGGAGGUGCUGGCGCCGCGCUAUUGUUAUUCAUCGUGCUCUUCAUCAAGUUCUGUGCUCAGCUUCCAAACAACCGCGGAUCUCCCUCUGAGAAGGGUCAAGAAUUCAUGAAGAUUUUCAUCGUCUCAGUCACCGUUGUUGUAGUGGCUGUCCCCGAAGGAUUGCCCUUGGCAGUCACACUGGCAUUGAGCUUUGCGACUGUCAAGAUGCUUCGCGACAACAAUCUCGUUCGAAUUCUCAAGGCCUGCGAGACGAUGGGGAAUGCCACGACUGUUUGCUCUGACAAAACUGGGACACUUACUCAGAACAAAAUGACGGUAGUUGCCGCCACACUUGGUAAAACAAUAAGUUUCGGUGGUACUGAUCCGCCAAUGGACAAGUCUUUGAAGAUCGACCGGAAGGCUCUCACUGUACCCAAUGUCUCAGAGGCCGACUUCGUAAAUGGACUAAGCCAGCAAAUCAAGAGUCUACUCAUCCAGUCGAAUGUGCUCAACUCAACAGCAUUCGAAGGUGACCAGGAUGGUCAGAAGACAUUCAUCGGUUCUAAGACUGAAGUUGCUUUACUUACCUAUUGCCGAGAUCAUCUAGGAGCUGGGCCAAUCCAAGAGAUGCGAUCGUCUGCCAAUAUUGUGCAGACAGUGCCUUUUGAUAGCAAGAACAAGUACAGUGCUGUAAUUGUUAAGCUGCCCAAUGGAAAGUAUCGCGCAUACGUAAAGGGUGCUUCUGAGAUACUGCUGGAAAAGUGUACCAAGUGUCUCGAAAAUGUGUCGCAGGGGGAACCGACGUCGGUUCCCCUAACUGAAGCUGAUCGAGACAUAAUCGGGAUGAUUAUCAGCUCCUAUGCAGGGCAGACUCUCCGAACCAUCGGUUCAUCAUAUUGCGACUUCGAAUCUUGGCCACCUGAGGGAGCUGUCUCCCCAGAUAACCCGCAACACGCAGACUUCAAUGCUGUGCACCAAGACAUGACGCUGAUUGGAAUCUACGGUAUCAAAGACCCGCUACGACCGACUGUAAUCAGUGCUCUUGAGGACUGUCGCCGAGCUGGCGUCUUUGUAAGAAUGGUCACUGGUGACAAUAUCCAAACAGCAUCUGCUAUUGCCUCUGAAUGUGGUAUUUUCCGUCCUGAUGAAGGUGGCAUCGCGAUGGAAGGCCCCGACUUUCGAAGACUUCCACCUGAAGAGCUCAAGCAAAAGGUGAGACACCUUCAGGUUCUGGCCCGCUCAAGCCCCGAGGAUAAACGGAUCCUGGUUCGUACUCUCAAAGAUCUCGGGGAAACGGUGGCAGUGACCGGUGACGGAACGAACGACGCACCAGCUUUGAAGAUGGCAGAUAUCGGAUUCUCCAUGGGCAUUGCUGGAACAGAAGUGGCUAAGGAGGCAUCGUCGAUUAUUCUUCUUGAUGAUAACUUUGCUUCUAUUGUCAAGGGCUUGAUGUGGGGUCGUGCUGUUAAUGAUUCUGUCAAAAAGUUCCUUCAGUUCCAACUGACUGUCAACAUUACAGCCGUGGUAUUGACAUUCGUCUCAGCUGUUGCAAGCGGAAAGCAGGAAUCUGUUCUCAACGCUGUCCAACUUCUUUGGGUCAACUUGAUCAUGGACACCUUUGCAGCCCUUGCAUUGGCCACGGACCCCCCUACGCGGAGUGUCCUUGACCGCAAACCAGAUCGAAAGUCGGCGCCGCUCAUCACAUUGAGAAUGGCAAAGAUGAUCAUAGGACAAGCUAUUUGCCAACUUGUAAUCACUUUUGUGUUGAAUUUUGGUGGCAAGAACCUUUUAGGCUGGUACGGAAACUCCGAACAUGAUACCAAGCAGCUAAAGACACUCGUCUUCAACACAUUUGUCUGGCUACAAAUUUUCAACGAAAUCAACAACCGUCGGCUGGAUAACAAGCUCAACAUCUUUGAAGGUCUCCAUCGCAACAUGUUCUUCAUCAUUAUCAACCUCAUCAUGAUUGGAGGUCAAGUCCUCAUCAUUUUCGUAGGUAGUGAUGCCUUUGAGAUUGUUCGCUUGAACGGUAAAGAAUGGGGACUAUCAAUCGGUCUGGGAGCCAUCUCUGUCCCGUGGGGUGCACUAAUCAGACUCUGUCCCGAUGAGUGGAUUGCUGCGUGUCUCCCGGGCUUCCUCCAUAGAAGAUGGAUCUCACCUCCUACUGGAGAUUUGAUGGCUGACAAGUCGCUGGAGUCUGACGAUGAAUUUGUACGGCCACCACUUCGCGUCAUGAGCUCAAUCAGGGGCCCGCGAGUCCAGCAACACAUUGGAUUCAGGGAGAGAGUACGUAGGUACAAAGAGGCGAAGGAUAAGGUAGAAGAGGAGGCGCAAGAGAAGCCCGAGGCAUCCAGAGCAGUGAUGGAUCAUGUUUAG